AUGGCUUCAACUACAUCUCUUCUCGUGAAUAGCGUUGCAAUUUCUACUGCCGGUGCAGGUAAAGUCAUGACCAAAAAUAAGGACUCGUCGACCAGAAAAGGUCAAAUCGAAUAUACUAAAAAGCUUCUCCGUGGAGCUGGAAGUCCUCAGCGCGAGGAAGAACGUUCUACUAAUAAUGUCAAAUUCCCGUCUUCUCUCACGAAUGAAAUCGCGAAACUUCAAGUUUCUUCAUCAAAAGCAACGAAUCCUGUGGUGCAACCAGGUAUAGUGGCACCUUCAAAAGCGGUUCCAAACAAAGCGAAUCAUCUCGUAUUCAAUAUACUGUUAGAAGGUAUCGAUUUCAAGCGUCAAAAUCCAUAG